GUUUUUUGGUCAAAGGGUGUCUCUGCUUGUAAUAACAAGCUCAAACAUGAAUUCAGAAAUUUUUGUUUCAUUGGCCAUUUUGUUAUUUGUAAACUUUAUUUUAAGUGCUCCCAUUGGUUACAUGGAGUAUGGAUACUUGGAUGAUACGCUUUCUGAAAUUAGGAAUGAAAAUUACACCGAGGCUUUAAAAAGCCCUCAACGAUUUUAUAUUACAGAAGUGGAAGAUGAAGAAACCCUAGCAAUGGAUUUCUCACUGCCUUCGGUAGAAGAUCAAAAUGCAAAUGAAGAAGGAAGAUAUGUUUAUCUAUACCAACCCAUCUGGACAAAACGAGACCUUACCUACACAAUUUCACAAUAUUCCUAUCAUUUAGACAAAAACUUAGUAGAACGUGAUAUACAGAGGGCUUUCGCGGAAUGGUCAAAGUACACUGAUUUUACUUUUACAAAUUCAGAGAGUCAAAAUGCCGAUAUAGAUAUCAAGUUUGAAAGAAAAGAUCAUGAUGAUGGGAAUCCUUUUGAUGGGCCUGAUGGUGUUUUAGCUCAUGCUGCAGUAAGUGAUUUUUAAUUUUGGCAUAAUCUUAGUAAUAAACUUACAGGUGAUUGAGGAUGGUAUGGGAUGGAUUCAUUUUGAUGAUGAGGAAGAAUGGAGUUUUAAUGAUGAAGACGAAUUCUUCGAAACGGCUUUGCACGAAAUCGGUCACAUCCUUGGACUUGAUCACACCAAUGAGGAGAGAUCAGUGAUGCGACCCACAACGGAUAUAUCAUUUUCUGAAUUGCAGAGCUACGAUAUCCAAGCGAUACAAGAACUGUAUGGCUUGAAUGAAAAUUUUCAUGAAUAUUCGGAUGAUAAUUUUGAUGAAUAUUCGGAUGAAAAUUUUGAUGAAUAUUUGGAUGAAAAUAUAUUGUUGAAAGAAUAUUUUUCCUGAGUUUUCGACAAAUAUGCCGAUAACGAUUUAGAUGAGGAUUUGGAUGUAAUGUAAUGUAACUAAGUUAAUAAACUCUUUAAUAUGC